UUACAACACCUAGGAAAGAAGGAAGUUCUGACACUGAAAUCCCAGGUCAAACAUAAAUGGGAGAAACGGGCAUUAGAAAAACUUCUUCAGCUGUCCAGCACCCAGGGAUCAGGGGAGAUGCAAGAGAAGCACUGGGUGACAGUGAAGAAGAGACAAGAGAGAGCACAGUCAGCCUUGAAAGAAAUGAAAGAGAUGCAGGUGGCAGGUAAAAGUUGCCAAGAGGAAAUUGUGAGGAGGAAAGAAGAGCUGAGGCAGGCCAUGGAGAUCCCACCAGAGUACAGGCCAAUCACUAAGAAACCCCUAAAAGAGGUCAUAGAAAAUAUGGAAAGACACCUCAGUCUCAUGGAAGGCACUCUCUCCAAGAGGGAGAAUCUUCCUGACCAGGAGCUCCUGAAACGAGUGUCAGGUGGCCUAGCCCUGCAGGGGAUUUACCAAACUGGCCAGCCUGAGGAUCUUUUGGAGAGGAGAGAAGAACUGCUCAGUCUCCCAGAGAACAUCUUUCUGCUCAGCCCAGAACAGGGGACACGGAUGGAAACCAAGGAAUUUUCAUCUUCUCGUGAAGAGUCGCUGUUUACCCAAAGCAUGGAAAAAUUGGGCUUUACUGUUAGCUUUUUGGCCAAGGGUGGACGCUGGGGAUGGAAUCUGGAAUCCAGCACCAAUUAUACCAGAUCUUCUGACUCCAGAGAGGUCCACAGGGGACACUCUGAGAACACUUACAGCUGCCUCACCAGGUUCAGUUACAUCCCACUGGCUUGCUGCCACUUUGCCCAAGAUCAGCUCUAUCUUAGUAGCUCAGCUCUACAAGAGUUAAAACAGUUAGAGAAACUUCUGAUCCACUCCAAUGGUUUAGAAACUCAAGUUCUGAAGCGUAGAUGUGAGGCAUUUUUCCAAAGGUUUGGCUCUCAUGUGAACCAGGGCCCAUUGCAUUUGGGAGGAAUAUUCUGGUGGAAAGCUGUAACAGAAGGCUUCAGGUCAGAGGAGCUGCAUGAUGUGAAGAAACAAGCCUCAGAGGCACUUGAUGUAUAUAUUGGAGGCAGCUACUCUGGUUUUGGGGUCACGGUUGCAGCCGGAAAGAAUAUAUCAAGCUCUCAAUCUCAAAUGGCUUCUCACAAUACAAAUUCCAUUAAUUUGCAAGGAAGAUUCCAGUUGUCUGUAUUCCAAACAGGAGGCCCUCCAGAGGUAGAUUCUCUUCCACAAUGGAAAGCUGGUCUUGUGGCCAGCAACUGCACCUGGUGUGUCAUUGACAGAGGUUAUCAGUUAGUGCCUGUCUGGGAUAUAAUUCUGUCUAAUCAUAGACAAGAUUUUCAGGAUCCCCUUCAAUUGACUCACUGCCUCAUAGACACUUAUACGGCCUUGACUGGCCAACAUGCAAGGACACAGGAUGGAGAGGAAUUACUGAGUGCCAUCGAUGAUGCCAAGUCUUUUCUAGAAGAAGUAGAAUCCUGGGAAAUCUCUGAACUUCAGGAGAAGUUGAAGAAAAUGAUGAAUUUCAUGCAAAAGCUGAGUGAGAAGACCAGGAACUAUGACCCUUGGAUUAAUAUCUGUCUCAAAAACCCAUCUCUGCAACAGUUCUUGGUGGACACUGUCAACUUUUACAAGGAUUCCCCAAUUCAUGAAGUCAAAUUCAUUAAAUCUCAGUUACGUAGCCUUCUGUAUCCUCAUGUCUAUCAAGUGAAAGACUUCCCACAGAGUCAUUCAAUCAUGCAGUGGAUUUUCCACUCAGCAAAGCAACAACAAGAUAUACAUGUUACAGAAUUUGAUGAUUUCAUCGAACUCUUAGAAAGGGAAAAGAAUGACCUUCUUGAAAUAAAUGCUAACUUAGAGUUCUUGGGAAAGAUGGAAGAAGCUCAAAGAAAGGCCACGUAUAAGAUCAGUUCAUUUCUCAGCUCCUUUCUCAAGGCCUUGAAACAGUCAGGAGAGUCAGGCACAUACCUUCUGUUACUUUCCAUUGCAGUUGGUACAGGUUACAAGGAGAAAAACGAAACCUUUCAUUGUCUCCUAGGAUGUGAAGACUUAAAUUUCCUGUUAUGUGAAAUGAAAGAAGCCCAUGAAAAAUACCAGAACCUUAAUAAGAAAUGUGACUAUAUGGCUCAGGCAUUCCUUCUGUUCACAGGACUCACAGUUACCACUAGUCCUAUUUCUGUGUCUUCAGAAGAAAAGAAGCAACGUUUGGAGCUCAUGCAAUCUCACAUGGGACAGUCAUGGUGCAAAGAAGUGCUUCAUAUCCUCUCAAAACCCAGGGUAUGUCAUGAUUGGGAAACUCUGGAAAAAGACUUGAAUUUCCUCAUCUGUGGAGAAUAUGAAGCUACAUUGAACUGUGUACAGAUGGACCAGGUGAAAAAAGAACUGGAAAGUAUCACUCAGAGAAAGACAAAGUUAUGUGAACCAGAACCAAGUACCAUCAAACAGCAUGAAAUAAUAAAUUCCAGCUUUUUAGACUUAGCCAAGAGGCUUGAUCUGGAGCCUUACUAUCCAAGGAAGAUGAGUCGGGCAGAUUUCCAUCUGAUUUCCAAGACUUCUGUGCAUGACACUGAGCCCAACAAAGAGAAUCAGUUGCCAUUUUAUUUCCUACAGAAGCUAUUGAUGCUGGAUUGCAGACUUAGAUACUUGGUCUGCAAGAUAGAGGGAGACAUUACUGGUCAGACAGCGACUCUCAGAAACCUUGAGGAUGACACUUCAGAUCCUUAUGAUGAUUUGUUCAAUGAUAGUGACACACCCUCUGCCCUCUUGACCACAGGCCAGCCCCACAUUCACCCAAUGGACAUCCAGAUGAUGAUUUUUCAUUGUGCAGAUGACUUCAUGAGACAAUAUAUUUCUAACAAAUUUUCCAUCUGCCAAUUUGCUCUCCCUCUUGUGGUGCCCAAUCCCUCUAAUUCUGUAAUAGAAUUCCCACUUUGGUCUUUCAGCCAAAUCAAGAGAAACUGGAGACAGAUAGAGAAAUCAGAGGGAGAAGACAAAUUUAUUAAUUUUAAUAACGAACUCAUCUUCCAAGUACCCAUCCCCAUUGUGUCUUUUAUAAGAGUUGUGAAUUCUGCUACUUCUUCCAAAUCUCAGAUCUUGAACUCUCUGCUGAGUAAGCACAAACAUGAUACUUUUUUCCACCGUCACUGCCGAGGAAGCAGCAAAUCCUGCCUCUUGAUGGGAGGUGUGGUAGAAAUCUCCUGGUUCUUUCCAGGGGGAAGACCUGAGGACAGAUUUGAAAGCUGUGUUGCUUUCACCAAUCUCCAUGGAGAUGCCAAAGACUAUGAGACACAGCUCAGAUUUCUGCAGGAAAUUUCUUCAGUCAUAGUGGUCCUUGUGUCUGCUUCUGAUAAAAGUGAGAGGACCACAAAAAUGGUCCGGGAUCUGUGGAAGUCACCAAAACCUUUGGUUUAUUUGUUUGAUGACAAAGAUAAUACUGUAAGUAAGGAUUCUGGCCAGAAAGUGAGAAUUGGAAUCAGGAAUAGAAAUGAGGCAGAAUUAAUAGAUGAACUUACAAGUGUCAUCAAUCGCCUGCUAAAGUCUUCAGGUCCCUUUCUCAGUCUUGAGGACUGUGCAGAUGUUGCUCGCCAGUAUGGCUUUCUUGUAGACCUGGACAGAGAGGAGUGUCAGGAGGCCAAGAGGAAGGCAGAAACUUUAAUGGCCCUCAUGAAAGAGAUGAAAUUGUCUGAAAUAAAGGAGAAAUUACUGCCCCUUCAAGGAGAACUUUGGCACCAGUGGUGUAAGAAGGAUAAGGAGAUUUGUAAUCUGAGAGAGAAAGGGAACCGUAGCCUUGAACAGCACAAGAGUGAAAUUGAGACAGAAAAGCAAAUAAUAAGGCAAACCCAGCUAAAGAGGGCAUUUCCUCUCAAUGACUUAAUGCGAUCUGUGUUGGAAGUCCUCCAAUCUCACUCAGAGAGAGACAACAAAACUCAAUUGUACUUCCUGCAGUGGCUUGGAAUGUUUAUGGACACUCUGACCAAAAGUCACUUGGAAAUGCUUUAUAAGAGGCACAAGCAGUUGUGUUCCCAGGCAUUGGAAGAAAACCAAAAGGGAUCAAAGAAUGUCUCCUCAAAAUGCCACCAAAUGGAACUAGAAACUGUCUCUAAGGAGAUCAAUGAUUCCUCAUUGUGUAUUGAACAUCUCCUCAGAGAAGUUGGCCAGAUCUAUGAAGCUUUGGAAGAAGUUUCAUCUCAAAGGCAUACUACGUUCUUAUCUCUUCCUCAAAUUGCUGCUGAUCUG